AUGUACGUGGAAAACGGUACUGCGUCCAGCAUGGUUACGGUCUCCAUAGACUCAGUAGGUGCUCUUCAGUGCGCGGUCAGUUCUACGACUCGAAUCACGAAUUCAACGCGACGAACUUCGUCAGCGCGCGAUGACAAACGCCGACGACGCAGAGCAACUCAGAAGUAUCGUCUUGCCCAUGCGACCCGUGAGCGAAUUCGUGUCGAAGCGUUUAAUCUUGCCUUCGCCAGACUUCGAGCUCUGCUACCAACGUUACCACCCGAUAAGAAACUCUCAAAAAUCGAAAUCCUUCGCUUGGCCAUUUGCUACAUAAACUACCUCAAACAUGUGCUUAAUACGUGA